AUGGCUCAGCGAUCUCAAAGCUAUCGCGUUGAGCUCCGGCGGGGCAGCGGUCCGAACAUCCGGAGGGAGCUGUCAAGGAUCUCGAAUGGAUCUCACAACAGUGUUCCUCCGUCCGAUGUGGUGGAGCCGUUGGACUAUGAAGAAUAUAUCCAACAGAUGAACGAUGUCAUCGAGAGAGAUAAUCUGCUCGACUUGGUUUUAUUCCCCGCGGACGAUAUCGAGGUCGGGGUCGUUUCGCGGAAGACUCGAACCACCGGACCUAUCGUGCCUGACGAGAAAGACUCUGAGUUGGAGCCAUGGGUUCGGGCCUGCGUGGACUCUUUCACCAACAACUGGCUGGUCAUCAACCGCCGUUAUCAGCACUUCAGCUCGGCUCUCGGGGUCCGAGACAGAAAUCUGGAGCGGAGCCUAAUCGUACGGAAUACGACGAAACAGGAAUUUGAGAUCGAUAUCGACAAGACCAAUAUAGCCCAGGACAAUGCGAGCGUCAUCACCGAGGAGGGGGAGAACGAUGUGGAUGUCGACGACGCGUCGAGCAUCGGAGACAGCGCGUCGGUGUGCUCUCGAGAAACACCGCGAGGCAGUUGGGCUUCGUCGGUUUUCGAUUUGCGGAACUCGGCAUCGGACCCUCUUUUGGAGGGGCUUGUUGCUGGCGACCCGCCGAACAUUCCAGCUCAGACCACUCAACUGAACUUGUUGGCACUAUACCAGUCGCCCCCAGAAGAUGAAGCUGUGGACUCCCGAGCGGCGGCUAGCGUUCCAGCCGAGAUGAUGCCUCACAGGGUUCUUGUCCGAUGUCUUCAAUUUAAAGUGGAACCUGAUUUCGAACCAUUAUUCUUGUCCAUGGCUCUGUACGAUGCCAAAGAAAAACGGAAAAUUUCGGAAAACUUCUAUUUUGACCUGAAUUCCGAAUACAUGAAACGGAUGCUGCAAAAUCACGUGCCUUACGCUGAUGUUUCGACGCUGGCUCGGAACUGUAUCUUCAACAUCAGCUCUGAAAAUGCACAGGAUAUUUUCCUCGUUAUACGGGUUGAGAAAGUACUCCAGGGAGAUAUAUAUGAGAGUGCCGAUCCGUACCUGAAAGACGACCGGAAAGCGAAAGAUUCGUUGCGCAGUCAAGCUUCUAUAGUCUGCGAUCGUCUCGGUCGCUACAGACAGCCGCUGGGCUGGACGGCCAUCUAUUUACAGAAUGUUGUCCAGGGAACAACAAGCCUGGAGAAGGAUGGGACUCUGCCGACAGCUAGCGGCUCUACAAUCGGCCGAAGGAGCUCGCUCGAGAGAGGAACCAAGCUCGAUUCCUUCCGUAAAAUCAAAGAAGUCCCGAGCGAGCCUGUGAUUACGACCGGUAGCAAUAUGACACUCGACAAUUUUAGAACGUUGACCAUCGUAGUGAAUCACUUAUUCAGACAGGAAGUGGACAGGGUGAAGGACGAAGAUCUCUUCAAGUUCCUUCAGGAGUUCCGACGCCCAGCAGGCCCCGCCUCUCUGGGCAAACGGCUCAAGAACAUACCGGUCACACUUCGACUUGAAAUAUCCCCUUGUCCACCGGAUAUCCCGAACGUUUUCACUCCGGAAUUGUUCCCUGUGAUACCGCAAGACCCGAACGUGGCGGGUCUAGUCAAAGAGGUCCUGGAGUUCCCUCCCCGAGCAUCUCUGCGGGCCCACGUGAGCUACCGGAACCUUUUGUUCGUGUAUCCAAAAAGCGUGAAUUUCACGAAUCGUCUCGGAGUCUCUGCUCGCAACAUCGCUUGUCGCAUCCAAAUAAUGUGCGGGGAGGACGAGAUUUGUCACGCUCUGCCCCUGAUAUACGGAAAAUCUUCGUGUCCGCAAAUGUCGACCGAAGCCUUCACGUGCGUCACGUAUCACAAUAAAGUGCCUGAUUUCAACGAUGAGAUAAAAAUCAAACUACCAGCGCGUCUCACCGAUCGGCACCAUCUCCUGUUCACCUUUUACCACAUCUCCUGCCAACAAAGGAAAGAGGGCCUCGGUGCGGGACCACAGAGCCUUGGUCCGAUGGAAACUCCCAUCGGAUAUUCGUGGCUUCCUCUGUGUCCCGCGGAUGCUUCCACGAGUCCAUUCGGUGACCAUUCGAUUCCGAUAAUGGUGGAGAAACCGCCGCCUUCCUAUUCGUUCCUGAAUCCCAACGUCGCCAUUCCAAAUACCAAGUGGUUGGACAGCCACAAACCUCUUUUCGAAAUUUCUAUUCGGAGCGUCUCCUCGGUUUUCCCGCAGGUGAGUGUCGGAUUAUUCUUGUACCCCCAGGACUCACAUCUGGAACAUUUCGUUCAGUUGUGUAAUCAUCUGGAAGCGGGAACUUUAGUUCAAUCGCGGCUCAUAUCGGGUCAGGAUACCUGUGAGCGGGAAGUACGAAACCUGAUACUCGAAGUCGCGAAAGCUUCCUCAGAAGCUCUGAUUAAUUUCCUCCCGAUCGUUCUCGACCACCUGAUCAAGUUGCUGGUCACUCCCCCCGUGGUUUUUGGAAUAACCAUCGACGCAUCAGGAACCGUUUUCGAAGCUUUCUGUGCGGUUGUGUCCACGAUUGCUCAAGCGCUCGAGUUCGAGAACGACCUCCAUCGGCGUUCUCCCCAGCUGGCGAGCUAUCUCCAGUACCAGUGCACCCUCCCGCAUCCACCCGCUGACGUGAAGCUGUCGACUCGGCCGGCUUCGGGAUGCGGUUCGCAGUUGGAUCUGGAGCGCGAUGAGGAAAUUUGCGGAAUUCUGUCUCGAACUGGCUUGUCAUCACCAGCGCAUAUCGGCUCGCGACAAAGUACAGCUCCGAGCGCCGGCACGAAGGUCGAUUGUGGUUUCGAUCAGAGAUCUCGGAAACUCGUCCACGAAGAAGUUAUCAAGUACUGGCUCAACAACCGGUCGUCAACUGAGAAUCCACUCAUGAACCAAAGUUAUCCCACGACGUGGUUCUUCUUCGAUUUGAUCAUCAAGUCGAUGCAGCAGCAUCUCGCGACGACCGGUAAACUGCAAGCGCCGCGGAAGCAAAGAUUCAGUGAGCACUUCCAGGAGGAGAUCACGUGUCUGAUAAGUUCACUGACCGACGAGAUAAUCGCCAAGAGCGGUUCGGAGGGUUCGCCGGUCGACCUGAACGCUCAUCUGGCGUUCUUCGUCCACGAUCUGAUCAGUAUCAUGGAUCGGGGCUUCGUCUUCCAGCUGAUCAAGCUCUACUUCAAAUAUUUCUCGUCCAAGAUCUACGCUCAAGCGGACAUGAUGAACCACAAUCUAUUCUCGUUGCGUUUGGACUUCUUGCGGAUAGUCUGCUCUCACGAACACUACAUUCCGUUGAACCUUCCUCUGGUUCCUCAGUCGAUGACUUCGCCCCCAGUGUCGCCGUCUCCGUCCGUCAACAGCAGCUCGUCCCAGAGCAGCGUAGCUCUACCCACCGAGCUCUCGCACGAAUUCCGCCAGAGCCAUUUCCUCGCUGGAUUGGUCCUAUCCCAGUUGACCACUGCCUUGACGACGGACAACCUACAGCUACAUCGCAAAGCGGUUUACGUGGUACUGAACCUGCUUUCGUGGCACGACUGGGAUCCGCGGUACACGGAAACUGAGAAACGGUCCCGGAUCGUUACUCUGUACCUACCUCUGCUCACGAUAGUCGUGGAUAAUGCUGCGGGUCUAUUCGACUUCGCUAACAAUACGGAGCACCCGAACCAACCGUCAAAAAGCACACUCGAAGUGAUCGCAGGUUCAAGAAUGACGAAAGUGAGGGACGAUCACCUUCGCGAAGACGCCUCGCGACAUCUCCUGUUGUGCUUCUUGUGGGUGCUCAGGAACGCCGACCGUCGAACUUUGAAGCAUUCUCUGGCUGAAUGGCGUCCAGUGAAACUCCAACGGUUCGUGAAUAUCUUAAAGAAAUGCGCCUCAUGCUUCCAGUACAGAGGGCGGAAAAACGUCCACGGCAAGGUGAACCGAGGGAAUAUCAUACGCAAAACGUCAGAUCUCAAGAAUCGUCUCGAAGAGGCAAUCCUAGGACAGGGUUCGGCACGGAGUGAGCUGAUUCGCCGGAAGCUACAGCUCACUGCGUCGCUAGGCUCGAAUCAGAGCAGUUCGUCGGCAAGCUCCGGAUCGAGUAGCCAACAAGCGCAAACUGAGCAACUCCGUUGGCGCAAAGACAUAGUCCGCUAUUCAUCCCCUGACGCCCCCGACGCAACCCGCCAGGAACUAGACGAGCAGAUCCAUCUCGAGGGUAAUUUGGCUUCGGAAGCGACGGCUGUCAUCAUGGACUCGCUGGACGUUAUCGUUCAAGUGGCUCUGCAGGUGGAUACCCUGCAGAGUCUGCUCUCGUCUUGUCUGAAGUUGGUUCUGCACAUCCUCUCUUGCAACCAGUCGGCGCUGGUGCUCCAGAAGGUGUUCGCAGUGCAGAGAUCCCUUGCGACUCGAUUUCCGGAAUUGCUCUUCGACGAAGAGAGCUCCGAACACUGCUCGGAGCUGUGCCUCCUGCUUCUGCGUCACUGCUCGUCUCGGAUGUCGAUGACUCGGUCUCAAGCUGCUGGUUCGCUCUACUUACUGAUGAGGCAAAACUUCGAGAUCGGCAAUAACUUCGCUCGUGUCAAAAUGCAAGUCACCAUGAGCCUCAGCUCUUUGGUCGGUCGGAGAACAUCUUUCAGUGACCGAUGCUUGCGCCGGUCUCUGAAAACGCUCCUGCUCUAUGCGGAGAACGAUACCGAUCUACAGGACACGACAUUCCCCGACCAAGUGAGAGAUUUGGUCUUCAAUCUCCAUAUGAUUCUUUCGGACACUGUGAAAAUGAAGGAGUGUGAAUCUGAUCCGGACAUGCUCAUGGAUCUCAUGUAUCGAAUAGCGAGAGGCUAUCAAAACUCACCCGACCUGCGCUUGACCUGGCUGGCCAACAUGGCGGGCAAACAUCUUGAGCGAUUCAACUACUCUGAAGCAGCUCACUGUCAUUUCCACGGAGCGGCUCUGGUUGCAGAAUAUCUACACAUCAUUGAGCAUAAGAAAUACCUACCUGUCGGUUGCGCAUCCUUCGAGAAUCUAUCCUGGAACGUGCUGGAGGAGAGCGCCGUGUCUGACGACGUCAUUUCUCCCGACGAAGACAUCCGGAGCGCGCACUUCACAGAGCACGGACUCGUUUCACUGCUUGAGCUGGCUGCCCAAAAUUUCAGAGAAGCUCAAGAGUUCGAAUCCGUCAGCCAUAUAUACAAAAUAGCGAUUCCGAUCUUGGAGGCCCACAAGGACUACAAGAAGCUCGAGGAGGUCCAUAAGAAGAUCAGUCAAGGAUAUCAGCUUUUGUCCACUAUGGGCGAGAAGCGUCAUUUUGGCACUUAUUUCCGCGUUGGAUUCUACGGUAGCAAAUUCAACGAAAUGGACGGCGAAGAGUUCAUAUACAAAGAGCGAAGUCUCACCAAGCUGCCAGAGAUCUCCUCCCGACUAGAAACGCUCUAUGCGAGUCGCUUCGGCGAGGAAUUCGUAGAAAUCAUAAAGGAUUCGAACGCUGUCGACACUCGAGUUCUCAACCCCGACAAGAUCUACAUUCAGAUCACAUACGUCGAGCCGUAUUUCGAGCUAUACGAGUUGAAAGACCGUACGUCCUUGUAUGAAAAGAACAACAAAAUCAUGAGAUUCAUGUUUGCCACACCCUUCACUCCCAGUGGACGAGCUCACGGGGAGCUGUGGGAACAGCACAAGCGUAAAACAAUACUCACUACAUGUCACGCAUUCCCCUACAUCAAAACUCGGAUACAGGUUGUCGAGAAGCAACAAAUCGUUUUGACGCCGAUCGAGGUUGCAAUCGAAGACAUCGAACGCAAAAAUCGAGAAUUGAAGAGUGCCGUCGAGCAGGAGCCGUCCGACCUGAAAAUGCUACAGAUGGUUUUGCAAGGUAGCAUCGGAACCCAAGUCAACCAGGGUCCGAUCGAAGUAGCCAACGUCUUCCUGGGGGAUCUCGACGGUCGCAAAACUCCGACGUUCCACCAAAACAGACUGCGGUUGUGUUUCAAAGAAUUUUCGAAACGGAUCGGCGACGCCCUGAAGAAGAAUAGAUCGCUGAUCUCGGUCGAGCAGAAAGACUAUCAGAAAGAAAUGGAGAAGAAUCAUCAGGUUUUCUGCGAAAAAAUUCGACCAAUGACCCAAUACCACGGUCGAUGAUCGAUGACCGAACUCCAAGAUAGCAAACGCUUGGUUGCUUGCUCGUGACUGCACUCAUAGGUAUCCUCGAAGGGUCACACCUCGAACCACGAGCCCAUGAAAUCCUCAAUGCCUGAAUGUACCAACAAGUAUUGUCAGAAGCAGUAUUGCAAACGUCUGGUACCUCGAUCACGAGAACUGCGUAUCGGUUGUGCACCAAAGGGUUCCUACCCAGAUGUAUAAUUUGACUAGAUAUCUCUUAUUUAUUCCGGUACCGAUCCAAUGGAUCAUUCCGCGGAUACUUUAAUG